CUUACGAUGCGGGAACUUAUGAAUUGACAUUUCUUACGCCGAAAUUUUAAAAAUGCUCUUUUUGGUCAAUUUCUAAGAUUUUUAAACUCUGAUAUUGAAGAAAUUCUGGCUUUUCUACAUUUAAUUCAUGCGGAUCCAGGUUGUUUUUAUGCGUUUUAUUAAGAUUUGAUCACUCGACCCUCCACCCUUCCAAAUUUUCAGUGUUAGUGACCCUGGUACAGUGGUGAGGGGAUUAGUAGUGAGUACUUCAAGUAUAUUCCCAGUCACAGAUUCCAGGAUAUUAAAUACUUUUGUCUGGCGAUGCAAACGGGAUAAAAGCUAUGAAUCGCCAUGAAGAAACCAGCAAACACAAACAUAAAAGAAGGAAAACAGGGGCAGAGAGGGACAGGAUCAGGACCAGACUUCAAGCAAAGAGAUCAAAAGCAAAUGAGCAUAAGAGACAUACAGAUUGUAUUGAUCCUUUGCUGCAUGCCAAAAAUGAGCGAUCCACUACUGGAGCAUUGACACAGAAUAGACUGACAAACAGAUUAGGCUUAUUUGCUCAUGGGAAAAAGUCUGGAAAAAUACAUAGAGGUCCAAUAUACACCCCAGCAACUACCAAAGCUAAAGCAGAUGCUGACUUGAUGAAAAUCUUGGACAUUGCUGAUGCUGAAUUACAAAAACCAUUGACACUUACAUGUUUAAGAAAAAGCUACAAACCUCAGAUAUCUGUGGAAUCUGUGAGAAUCCCUGUAUCCGAGAGUGACAGUAGCAGUUCUGAUGAAGUCUUUAUACAGAGAAGAAGCAAAGAGAACACUUCACCAAUAUGUCAGGUAUCAUUUUCAAAGUCUAUACCAAUUGAUGAAAUCAAAUCUUUGGCAAAGCAAUUGAAACCAUCAAGGUGUUACCAUGGAAGAAAUUUAUUGCAAGAAGUGAAAGCUGACCUGAACAAGCUUUUGAAACAGAAUGCACCUCCCAGUCCAGCAGCUGUGAUAUCAAACUCUCCUGCAGUGUGGGCAUCUAGUCAGAGCAGCCAAGUCAGUAGUACAAAAGGUGUUAACAAAGAUGCAUCUCUAUUAGUAACCUCUAAAAAUGAUCAACAUACACAGCUGUUCUCUAGGAGCCUACCAGGGCAAAAUAUUGACAGUGCAAACAAUACAUUAAAAAAGGACCUCUCUUUUCCCAUAGAUGGUGCUUUAGAUAUUGACAAUGGUGAAUCGCAAGAAAAAGAUGCCUUGACCUUAUUGAUUGAAAGUGAAGAAAGAAGGCAAGCUCGAGACUCAAUUAAACAUAAUGGCAAAACUGAUGUCAUUCUUACUGAAUCUCAAGAAAAAGAUGCCAACAUCUUUAUUAUUGAAAAUAAUGAGUUUCAUGAAAGGAAACUAGCACAGGAUAUAGCCAGGUACUAUGGAAAACCAGAUUUCGCUACCUCUUCAACAAAUGUUAAUCAGUCACUUGAUACCAGCAACCCAGGUUUUAUGAGGGAUCAAACAAAAGCCUAUCAUCCUAUUGUCCAACAAACAUGGCAUGUACCAUCACAAGUUAGUCAGAAUGCUGCAGUUGUAACCCAGAUCAACCCAGCAGCUUUGCAGCCUGUCCACCAGAGGGCAUUCACAGCCUCCAGUCAUUUGGAGCAAUCAUGGAAGACAGAACAUCUUCAGCAAUGUGACAGGUUAUAUAAUCCGCUUCCAGAAUCAUUGGACAUUUUAGACUAUGUUGAUGUGAAGGAUCCUUCUACAAUGGACAUCUCGGCAUAUCAUGAUCUUAUAGUUGAAGGAACAUGGAGGACUCCAACAAAAAGGAGACGUUUUAACAUUCUGAAAAAUGCUGAAGAUCUUUUCCUCAAAGCUGGAUCAUCAGUGGAUUCCCCUAGCCCAGAGCAGGAAUUUUAUAGAAGGAAAAUGUUCUAAUUUGUUCCUAAGUACAUUUAUGCCAGUGAACCUUUUUCAAAAUCGAAUACUUCAAUGUUGUAUUAUAAAGUUUGCUGUCUGAAACUUUUAUCUGUCAUUUUCAUGGUGACUGCAUCAUAUAGCCGCUCACUGAACUGUAACUAGCAGUGAUACAAAAAUGUGUUACAGAAUAUAGAUAGUAAUGUAUCAAUUUAAUAUUUAUAUUUCAUGAAGAUAAAAUGUAUUGUUAAAAAUGAGAUUUUUUUUAUAAACAAGCACACUUUAUUGCUAAAUCAAAACGUAAGUUUUUUUUAACACGCAUGUUUGCCCUCAGCUUGUUUCGUUGAUACGUUGUACAUGUACUAAGAAUUUAGUACAGUUUUCAAUAAAUAAUAGUUCUGAAAUUGUCAAUGAAUUAAAGUUUAUUUAACGUGUA